UUGGUAUUUGGCCAUGAAACACUCCACCCAUCUUCUACGCAGGCGACAUGAAUUAAGGGCACCUUGACUGAGUGCUGGCGCGAUGUUUUGACAGUGAAUAUUUGAUAGCUAACUAUUUGACAAACUUUUGCCCCAUAACUGCAGGUGACGAAGAGGGGACACAGAGGGCACCUGCUGAACUCAUCCUACUGUGGAUAAAAGUACCACAAUGACACAUGACAGUCCCAAACACACGAAGCUGCUCUCCUUCCAUGGUGAUAUUCUCACAUUUCAGUGCAAACUCCCGAAUCCCAGAGAUGGCGAAAGUCGAAGAGGGUCAGAAUUGGCUUUCAGCAGACUGACAUUUCAACGGGAUGGCUGCACUUUCUUAAAGGGGAAUGGUGGUAUGGCCGUCAUCAACAGAAAGAGUUCAUCUAAUAUUGAUAUAGUGGCAUGCACCUUUGCCCUACAUGUGAAAAACAGAGUCACUUCGCCAUGCAUUUUACUGAUACAGAGCAAGAAGGGAAAUGUCUUCAAGUACAGCCUUCUCACUCUGAGCAUCUCAAAUAGAUUAGAGCCACAUAUGGAGUUUAAACUGCCAUACCGAAUGAAAGACAAUGUUACUAUCUUGCAAGGCCCUACCGUAUUAUGGAGCCAUGCUGGUAUUGUCUUCUACACGUCACUGCAGGCAGGUGAAGUUAGACAAAUACCUAUCAAGCUCUCUCUGAAUUGUAUUGUUGAGUUUCCUCUCAACAAAAGAAAAAUAUUCAUACUAGGUUACCAAACACAAUCAAAAGAAUGCCUGAAAGAUCAGUUGGACGCUCCAGGCGGGAGCAAAACCAUGGGGUAUUUUGUAGAGGACGGACAAGUAUUUAAUGCAGAUCUGAUCUUACCUCAUGCCUAUAGUUCCAUCACACAGUGUGUAUUUGUGAUCUCUGCUGAAGAGGUGAACAGUGUGUUGAAAUCAACUGUGGUGGCAGCGACCAGUAAAAAGCAGUUGGUUUAUUUUGAGAACGGCAUUCCCAUUGAGGUAUGUCUGCUUCCCUUUGAAGAACCUCAACACAUUCAGAUGGUCAACACUGGACGCAAUGGAUGUCUGUUUGCCAUCUAUUUCAACGAUGGACAUGUCUGUGCAGUGUGGAAAGAUACUUUUCAGGUAGCAUCAUGCUGGUCAGGUGUGACCUCCCUACAUGUGGAUGACUUUUUGAGCUGUGGAACAGAUCAGAUGCUGCUGGUCUUUGGAAGCCAGAGCCCUCCUGUGGAUCCAGUGGAUCUUUUCCUCAUCACAGAUCUCUGUGGGGAAACCUAUUCUCAUGAACAGGAGAGCAGUGAAGGACAGCAGGCAUCUGACACCGCUCAGGAGAACUACCUCCUAACUGUCCAAGCUCUACAGUCCAGACUACAGAGUGGCCUGACCUUGCUCCAGGAUCUUCAGAGCGAUGUGAGGGUGAAGGAGAGGGUUCUACGCCAGUCAGUCCAAGCCCUCACAGACCUGGUCUCGGGAAGAGAACACAUUCUCACCCAGACAGAGCAGGAAGGCCUUGUUUCUCUAUGGGAAGAUGAGCCAGAGGACGAGGCCAUUCAUGAGAAGAGGCAGGUUAUGCCGGUGAUGCCACCACCUCUAGUGGACAAUCUUUGGCACCGUGUCAUUGAAGACCGCUUGAUUGUGGGCGUGAUACUAUCCACAGAGAGUGCCAUCUCAGCGGAGAGUGUUACUUUAUCCAUCCUGAGAGAGAGAGGCCAGAGCCAGACGCCUGCAGUCAUCCAGACCCACAGCCAAGCGUCCUGGUUCCCCACACCCAGCCCCUCCACACCCAGCCCCCCGUCUCCCUACUCUCACCCAGAGCCAGCGGCUAAGAGGAGCAGGCGGACCGUUGCCAGCGGAGCCCGUGCCACACACCGACUGGCAGUGACCGCUAUGACUGACCUGACCCCUCUGCUGACCUCUGGCAGUGUCAAAUGCCCCAUUAUGCUCCAUUAUGUCCACAGACAGGGAUCUUCGGCCUCUGUAACCGCUCCAGGACCAACAGUGGUCCAGUGCGGUCAAAUCCAAAUUGAUAUUCAGGUCAAACACCACCGCCAGCUGAUGACCAACAGUCAACUCACAACAGAUGAGGCUAGAGAAGACCUGCUUAGCCUAUUGGCUGUGCUGGAUGCCUGGACCUUCCUGAUCCACUCUCCUGACCACACCCUGUGUGAUGUGGCUGGCUGGAUCCAGACAAGCAUUCCCUGUGAGAGGCUAGAGAUCAGCCCACACUACCUACUGGCCAAUCCUGCUGGGCCAUCUGCUGUCAUGCUGUUUCACUGGCGGCACAAAACACCUUUCCAGGGAGAAUUAUCCGUCCACUGCAGCCAGUUCAAGGUGCUGCAGUUCCUCGACUCCCUGUUUGGUUUCCUGCCAGCAUCAUGCUCCAUACUGCGCCUCAGGCAGGGGGGAGGAGACGGGACGGUACCACGACUGGCCCAUUCCCUGGAGAAAGAGGUACUGUCACUCAAACAGGGCGUGUCAUCUUUGCUCCAUGGUGAGGAAGAGGAGAUGGAGGAGGUGAAGAAGAGCAGUGGAGUGAAGAAGAUGGAGCCCCCUGAUCCAGGCUCUGCUGAGGGACUCCAGAGGUGCAGGGAGGAGUGGCAGCGGGACAAGGAGAGGAGCAGGAGGCAGUUGAGCCCCCUGGUGGGCGUGGAGCGCUAUCGCAGGUUGACCCAGAGCCUAACCCAGGUACAGCUUGAAGGAGAUGUAGCUGCCCUCCUAGAGACACAGCCACUAAUUUAGGCUUGCAAUGCAUUGACAUGCACACUAAAUGGCCAGUCCAAAUUCUUGGGUUCAUGGAAAACGUAGCUCAAUUGGUAUCAAGGGACCUAACGGGUGCCAGGAAAACAUUCCCUACACCAUUAUACCACCGCCACCAGCCUAUACCGUUGACACCAGGCAGGUUGGGGCCAUGGACUCAUGCUAUUUACGCCAUAUGCUGACUCUGCCAUCAGCAUGACGCAACAGGACCCGGGAUUAGUUGGACCAGGCAAAGUUCUUCCACUCUUCAGUUGUCCAGUGUUGGUGAUCGAGUGCCCACUGGAGCCACUUCUUCUUGUUUUUAGCUGAUCUGAAAGGAACCUGGUGUGGUCGUCUGGUGCAAUGGCCCAUCUGUGACGAGGACCGACAAGUUGUUAAUUCCGAGAUGCCGUUGUUGUACUGCACCGUUAUUUGCCUGUUUGUGGCCCGCUUGUCAGCUCGCACAAUUCUUGUCGUUCUCAUUCGACCUCUCAUCAACAAGCUGUUUUCGCCCACAGGACUGCCGCUCACUGGAUGUUUUUUGUUUGUCGCAUCAUUCUCGUUUCUGAGAUACUGGAACCGAUGCGCCUGGCACUGACGAUCAUACCACGUCUCUUAGAUCACUCGUUUUGCCCAUUCUAAUGUUCAAUCGAACAGUUUCUGAACGCCUCGAUACCUGUCUGCCUGCUUUAUAUAGCAAGCCACGUGACUCACUGUAGGAGUGAACCAUUAUCGUGAAUGGUGUGGUGUACCUAAUAAACUGGCCACGGUAGUGCAGUACUUUUUUAUUUCUAUGCCUUCUACAGGAUUGUAUGGUUACCUUUUGGUUUCUAAUAUUCUGUAUGUUCCUGUUGUCAAUGAAAUGUUGAGAUUCAGUCCAGAUGAUCACUGUCUUAUGCCAUGUUGAACUGAGUGCUACCUUGUGUGUUAUCAUUGGUAAUGAGAAGUUACAAACCUGAGAUGCAAUUCACCCUGUAGGUUAUUGUAAUUAUUAUGUUAAUCUCUCAUACUGUAAACCUGUACCUAUAGUUCCUCAGAUGUACGGUCCAUUAAAAAAAGUGUUCAUACCCCUCAACUUAUUCCAUAUUUUAUUACAGCCUGAAUUCAAAAUUGAUUAAAUAUGUUUUGUUUCAUCCAUCUACACUCUAUAAUGACAAAGUGAAAACGUUCUGAAAAAUUGUUUAAAAUGUAUUAAAUGAAAUACUGAAAUCUCAUUUACUUAAGUAUCUCUCAGUGAUUACAUCUGUGAGUCUCUCUGGUAAGUCUAAGAGCUUUCCACACCUGGUAUGUGCAAUGUCUGCCCAUUUUUAUUAUUUAUUUUAUUUUCUAAAUUUUUCAAGCUUGUUCUUCAUUUAAGUCAGCAUUGAUGGGGUGGAGCAUUGCUCUCUCUACAGAAGUUUCUGUUUCGAGAAGGGGCUCAGCCUAAUCGGUUUAUGGCGCUUCACAACAAGUAAAUAGUUUCACUUCCUUUUAUUAGCACCUCAAAACCAAUGGUGCUUUAUUUCUUCUGAUGUAGCGGAACAGCAGCAUACAGUGCCUUCAGAAAAUAUUCACACCCCUUUGUGAAAAUGUUUUGUUAGAGCCUGAAUUAAAAAUGGACAAAAUAAAUAACAAACAUCUCAUCCAUCUAAACACAAUACCCCAUAAUGACAGUUUAAUAAAAUGUAAAUUCAAAUGUUUUUUACAUAAGAAUUCACACCCCUGAAUCAAUGCAUGUUAGAAUAACCUUUGGCAGUACUUACAGCUGUGAGUCUUUCUGGCAAGGUCUCUUAAGAGAUUUGCACAUCUGGAUUGUACAAUCAUUGCCCAUUAUUUUUUUUUAAAUCUUCAAGCUCUGUCAAAUUUGUUGUAGGUCAUUGCUAGACAACAAUUUUCAAGUCUUGACAGACUUUCAAGCAGAUUUAUGUCAAAACUGUAACUCGCCCACUCAGGAUCAUUUGCUCUCUUCUUGGUAUGCAACUCCAGUGUAGAUUUGCCCUUGUGUUUUAGGUUACUGUCCUUCUGAAAAGUGAAUUCAUCACCCAGUGGUACAGCACACUGAACCAGGCUUUCCUGUAUAAUUUUGACUGCAUAGCUCCGUUUUCUUUUUUGUCCUGAAACUCCCUAGUCCUUAAUGAUAACAAGCAUAUCCAUAAAAUUAUGCAGCCACCACUAUGCUUGAAAAUAUGGAGAAUGGUGCUCGGUAAUGUUGUAUUGGAUUUGCCCCAAACAUAACACUGUAUUCAGGACAAAAAGUGACUUGUUUUGCCACUUUUUUCCCAGUAUUACUUUAGUGCCUUAUUGCAAUAUUAUUCUGUACCAUCUUAUUUUCAUGCUGUCAAUUGGGUUAGUAUUGUGGAGUAACUACAAUGUUGUUGAUCCAUCCUCAGCCAUUUAAACUCUGUUUUGAACUAAUGACUUAAGCAAGUUUUUAUUCCUGAACUUAUUUAGGUUUGCCAUAAGAGGUUGAAUACUUAUUCUUGUUUUUUAAUAAUAAAUAAAGAUCUAAACAAUAUUCCACUUUGACAUUAUGGGGUUGUGUGUGUGUGGGCCAGUGACCAAUAUAUGUUUAGUCCCUUUCAAAUUCAGGCUGAAGCACAGCAAAAUGUGGAAAAGGUUGAGUUGUGUGAAUAUGUUCUGAAGGCGCUGUAUGAAUGUGUGCGUGUGUGAAUGCAUGUCUUCCUUGGACCACCUCCUGUGCUUCACGCCUCUAAUCUCUGUGUAAUAGCUACUCCUCUCUCCCCUCAGACCGGCAGCCUGUGAAACGCUGCUGCUGUGAUCUGAAGUGUGAAACACUGUGUGUUCAGAAUGGAACUUUAGGAGGUAACGGGAUGGCAAACGUCUACACCUGCCUCCCUGGUUAGAAGCUGAGAAAGCUUUGUCUCUUUCCGUUAUGGCGCAGUUAUGUUUUCUGUAAAAUGCUAUAAAUUAAACCCAUCUUGGAUAUUG